CGCGUGUCGGCGGCGCAGGUGUGCCAGGCGCUGGGCUGGGACGCCGUGCAGCUCUCCGCCUGCGACCUCCUCACCGACGUCCUGCAGAGGUACCUGCACUCGCUGGGCCGAGGCUGCCGGCGCUACUGCGAGCUCUAUGGCCGGACAGAUCCAAUUUUGGAGGAUGUAGGUGAAGCCUUCAAGCUUAUGGGGGUCAACCUGCAUGAACUGGAAGAUUACAUACUCAAUAUUGAGCCAGUCACUUUUGCGCAUCAAAUCCCCUUAUACCCUGUCAGCAAGAAUAAUGUCCUGCAGUUUCCCCAGCCUGGAAGCAAAGAUGCAGAAGAGAGGAAAGAGUAUAUUCCUGAUUACUUGCCACCCAUUGUCUCUUCUCAAGAAGCAGAUGAAAGUGGAACCUGUUGUUCCUGCGCCGUCUCCCGUGAUUCCGAGGCUGACGCUGAGAGUGGGGGCUGGUCAGGACAAGAUCGUCAUCAGCAAAGUGGUGUCGGCACCGGAGGCUAAACCAUCCGUCAUGGCUCGGCCCAAGACGCCACCGCCUCCACCAUCCCCGGCACCAGCUCCUGUCCACGUGGCGCCUCCUCCUCCUCCGGUGGUUCUUCCUCUGCCUCCUGCUAUCAUAUCCCCCGCUGCGAUUCCACCACCGUCUCCUGCAAUGCCUGCUGUGGGAGGCUCCAAGGGUCCCGUUAGGAGUGUGGUGACGGAGACUGUCAGUAAUUACGUGAUCCGAGACGAAUGGGGGAACAAGAUCUGGAUCUGCCCUGGCUGCGAGAAGCCAGAUGACGGCAGUGCGAUGAUAGGCUGCGACGACUGUGACGAUUGGUACCACUGGCUUUGCGUUGGAAUCACGGCUGCUCCCCCGGAAGAUGUGCAGUGGUUCUGCUCCAGGUGUGCCAGCAAAAAGAAAGAUAAGAAACACAAGAAGGGGAAACACAGAGCACACUGAAGCCACUGGGGAGACCGGUCGGACUGUCGCUGCAGCACUUCAGCCCUGACUCCUUUCGUCACCAUCAGGUUUCGAGGACGUGCGAUUCUUGAGAAGAUCGGGGACAAGCACAUACUGUCCGCCAUGAGCUGGCCUGCUUCUCCUUCCCUCCCUGCUGCUCCUUCGUCAAACGGUGUUGUCCUAGAUCAAGAAUUCUCUGCCACGAACUCACCGGCUGAAGAGCCAAGAGAGUCUAUGGCCAAAGAGAGCUGUGUUGAUCAGCCAUGGCUUUGAUGACACUUGUAAAUAUUGCUGCUCUUCUCCAGCUGCUUCCCCCACCACCACCACCUCUUCAGAGUUCUGUCCUUUCAGAAACAGGAAAGACUUCCCAAAUGCAGGCGGCCGUCCCUCGGGAGCCACUCAAGUGAUUUUCCUGCAGCUCCCUCUUCCGCAUAGCCAGAUAAUCAUUAAAGACACAGGGUGGGUAGCUUGCUGGUAAAUAUUUUUCCGACAAGAAUAUAUGAAACUUCUUUUCUUCUCACUCCUCCUCCUAUCCCUCCUUGAUUUUUAAGACCUAACAAUAAACAUGCUUGAGCUUUUUGUGAAAUAACUUCUAUUUUUUUAAAAGACGGGAAAGUUUC